AUGGCAAUUUUAGUGAUAAUAACUGCGUUUUUAAUUCUAUUGCUUAUUAAGGAUCCAAUAUCUGAUUCUCCACGCCGACGUGUAGAAAAAACGACAACAAUCAGAAAAAAUUCUUCAUCAAAUGUCGUUCAUAGAAAUCCGCCAGCUCAACAGCGUACACAUAUUGCUACUGUUGAUAACAGCUUUGACGAAGCCAAUUCCUAUAGCUCUCCAUCACGACAGCAACCUCAACCGAUGGAUAAUAAUGAAGAUAUUGAUCUUAGUCGAAUUGCCGAUCGACCAUUAUUACCAACGUUUAGUGAUAAAAUUCAACAUGAACUUCUCAUGGGCAUGUUGUUUCUGUUGUAUCUUGAUUCGAUUAUAUUUUUUUACAGGUAA